CGUUAAGCUUAUUGUGUACUGCGACACUAUUUUAAGCUGGGUUCGACGUAUUGUACCUGAAAACUGUGAUAUAUCUAUAAUUGUAAAAGAUGUCGCUACCACAUCGAAUGAAGUUCCCGCGAUACACAGAAUAGUGGGAGCACGACUCGUAAAGAGAUGACAAGAGAGGGGGAAGAGCGUUUAUAUUUUAACCGUAUAUAUAUGUCAUGAUGAUAUUACGUGACAAUGAAGUAGCCGCUUGGAGGGGAUGAUGGGAAUGCUAUCCAGAACGAUAUAGGUGACUUUUCAAAGAGUGGGGGUUUUAGGCUCACGUGUUUUCAAACGUGCUGCAAAAUGAGCACCAGUUCGAACUUGCGAAGAUUGCAAGCGACACGAUUUUGGUCUUUACUAGCGUAACCAUCGCGAAGUCUUGUCUCUCGAGUGUUUUAUAUCAAAUUCGUAUUAUUAAUCGAUUAAUCUACAUGGAAAGUUUUUCAGUUGAUCGAAUAAUCAUUUCUCGAUUCUUUAUUUGUUUAAUAAAAAUAUUACAAAGUGUACAUUAAUCCCUAUUUUAUUUGGAUUAAACAUUAAUAUUUUUUUGCGUGAAUUGUAAUUUUUAUUCGCGAACAGUAUUUUUAUUUUAUUUUUUUUGUUCACCUUAUGCGUAUAAGACAAUCGUUUUGUUUUUUCUUCGUUCUUUAUUUAUUUAAUAAUUAUUAUCUAAAGUGCGAAGUAUGAAACAAACGAACAUUCUUACCACAUCAGUGGUGUGAUUAUUAACGUAGAGAGAAAGAGAGAAAGAUAAACAUAGUUCUUCCUCAUAUAAAAGUUUUAAAAUUCUAAGAAGACGAGAUGGAAGAAACGUCAGCCGAAAAUGCAAAAGUUUCGGACUCAGGUUAUUCAAAUACGUGCAGUAACAGUCAAUCACAACGGAGUAGCGGCAGUUCGAUAUCCAGGAAUAGCAUUUGUUCAGAAAGCAGUGGCUAUUGUGGUAGACGCCCUUCAACAUUUGCCUCGAGCAACGAGGCACUACCCCAACCGAUCAGCAAAAGAAAGGAUAAAGAAUACAAGAAGAAGAAGUCUAAAACGUCUUUGGUUGUUAAUGCCGAGGCAGAGAUUACUUUGAGAAGUACCGGCAAGUCGCCGGAUAACGCGUCCUAUAAUUUCGUCACCUCAACGAAACCAAUACUUGAGAAACAAACAGAAAUAGCAACUGUAGAAUUGGUGGAUGCAACGGAUCCAGGUGAACACAACGGCGAUACUCUGACAGGCAGUCCGGAAACAGGACUUGCUUCUCGGUCGAAUCUUCUGGAUGAUUCAAGUUCACAAGCAAAUGAUGGGUUUUGCGCGGUGAUAUCAAUGCAUGACGGCCUCGUGCUGUACAUAACACCUUCGAUAUGCACAGCUUUAGGGUAUUCAAAGGACGCUUGGAUUGGUCGUUCUUUUAUCAAUUACGUACAUUCUAAUGAUAAGACUACAUUGGCUGAUCAAAUUAAAAAUGGUUUAGUCUCGUCUCAGGAGGAUCGUCCGAAAGGAAUUAACGAAAGGAGAGCCAGUUUGUUCUGUGGAUUACGGAAGAACGUUAAGACUGAGAACAGUACAUUGAACAAGGAUCAAGAAAAUGCAAGAUCGAAUUUGUAUCUUCCAUUUCAUUUGACAUUAACUUUUCGAGAUUUUCGUCAACGAGUUGUCGGACAACAACAACCAAGAGCCAUGUUUCUAGUCGUUACUGCUCAACCGGUGCACUCAGCAUACAAAGCUCCAGAAGAAACAAUAAUAUCUUCAAUAUUUACAACCCGACAUACUGCAACAUGCCUCUUAUCUCAUGUCGAUCCUGAUGUUGUACAAUAUUUAGGCUAUUUGCCUCAGGAUAUGAUUGGAUGCUCGCUAUUUGACUUCUAUCAUCCUGAGGACUUACCUUUCAUCAAAGACAUCUAUGAGACUGUUAUCAAGUUGGAAGGAUCCUCCUUCAGAUCAAAGCCUUACAGGUUUGCUGCUCAAAAUGGAAGUUACGUUGUUCUUGAAACUGAGUGGUCGUCAUUUAUCAAUCCCUGGACGAAAAAACUAGAAUUUGUCGUGGGUCAGCAUAGAGUAUUAAGGGGACCCAUGGAUCCCGAUAUAUUUCGAGUACCACCUAAAAAUGAAUUCGCUUUUCUGGCUAAUAUCAGCGAAGAGGUACUGAAAGAAUCCAAGAUCAUACAGAACGAGAUACGUACUCUUCUCGAUGAGAGCAUCCAAAGGACAUCAGAAAUUACUGAGCACGAUGUAUCAAAAAGGUGUAAGGACCUCGCGUCCUUCAUGGAGAGUUUGUUACAAGAAAUAAGGACACCGGCUCUUGGCAAGGAUACCCUAGCUACGGACGACAGAAGUUUUUCGGGAUCACGCAAUCCCUUGUUACAGGAGCACGAUAGCGUGAUGCUUGGUGAGAUAUCGCCUCAUCACGAAUACUACGACAGCAAAUCGUCCACGGAAACACCACCCAGUUACAAUCAGCUUAACUACAAUGAAAACAUCGAGAGAUUUUUUAAGAGUAAACCAUCGGUUGCAACCAUGUAUGGUAGCGACGAGGAAAUUUUGAAUUUGAGCAACGACGAGGGCGGUAAAACUAGUCCUAAUUCAGCAGCAAGAAAAUGUAUGUCACCGAUAAACGGUAGCGGUGCUAGCGGAAGUGGCAGCGCUGAAAAUCUUAGCAGCAGUUCGAACAAUUUACCUAUUUCCGCAAGGAGAGAUAAUACUUCCAAUACAACAAAUAGCAACACCACCACUACGACAGAGAGUUUUAAGCAACCAAUUCUAACCGAGUCCCUAUUAAGUCGUCAUAAUGAGGAUAUGGAGAAAAUGAUGAUGCAAAAGCAUCGAGAAUUACGAUCAAGUAUAAAAAAUAAUGAUAAGUUAAAAGAUUUGCGUAUAAAAACGUCGAUCGAGAAGAUAUCAGUGGAUCAGAAUAAUCAUUACAUUGGUCAAUGUCACGGUAUCAAGAGAAGUGGUAGUCAUAGCUGGGAAGGUGAUAGUUUCAAGGUUUCGAAACAAGAUGAAGUUUCCAGGACGAGCACUGUCGGUCCAUUACCAAUAAAUGUUGCUACUACUAUCGCGAGUAUGAGCGUUGAUCAAACAUCUACGGUGUUUCAAACCAAUGGAAAUAUCAAUUUGUGGCCAUCCUUGUCAGUAACUGUACCAUCAGCAACUCCUGUUCUACCAUGUAUUAACCAAAAUGUCAAUUGUCAAGCUAUUCCAAGAAUUCCAAUGAUUCCACAAAUGAUACCUGCAUAUUACUUGCCUGUUCCACAACAAAUUGACGUUCCUAUACCAACAGCAAAAUAUUCUCAACCACCGACAAACGUUAUUCCUUCAUCAGUACCAAUGUCGCAACAAAGCCCGUAUAUGUUUGUUCCAGUAUCGUACGUCGCAACAGCAAUGCCCGGUGUCAUGUAUCCCCCGAUAAUCGGUACUUCAACUCCAGGGACAAUGAUGUAUCAACCUUUUUUAAUACCCGAGCAAGCUUCUAUGCCACAAGAAAAUGCUAAAUCUAUGGACAGAAAAAGAUCUGCUAGUCAAGCAACAAGCAUCAAGGCCGAACCAGGUAGCAUUAUGGCUAUGUCCGAAUCAUCGAAAAAGGUGUUAUCCCCAGGUGAGCUUUUUUCUUCUUGUAUCAGUAACGAUGGUGGUUGUUCCAGUGUUGUAGACAUACCAACGCCAAUAAAUAACAAACAACAUAUGAAUAUUGAUUACAACAGUAAUGAGUCUAGUUCUUCGAGUUUCUAUAGUAGUCUCUUGUAUAAAAGUAGUGAAAGUAACUGUAAUCCCGAUCAAAAGACAACCGAACAAGUUGCAGAGAACUCGCAAGAAGCAGCAAAGGUAAAACAUGCAAUACACAGAAGAGAUCCGCCUUGGUUAGAAGGAGUCCAAUUAACACCAGAGUUGAUAUAUGAGUAUCAACUUCGUCCAAAGACUUUAAACGAAGUACUCGAAUCUGACAUGGACAGUUUAAAGAAAAUUAGUCAACCGCUUUUAGUGAAUGAACAGUUAGGUCAACUUUACUUUGAUUUGGAACUUGAAGGCUUUGGGACAAAACUGAUGCUCGAGGAUGGAAUAACUUCUAGCGAAAGUGAUAGUGGAAGCAGUAAUAGCAGUUGGAUUGGUCUUACAUCUCAGAAGCCAAAGUCGUUAUACGUAUAAUUGCAGCAUAAACAAAAAAGAAGAAUGGUGAAAUAUGGUAGACUGAUAAUGAUUCAUGAGGAAAACGCACCCUUGCCGCCACCGUUACCUUCUCAGACAGUAUCCUGCCAGCAAACAUAGCAAUAUCGAUGUUUUGUGCAUUUCGUAUUCUAAAGAGAUUGAUUCUUUAACGAAAUUCACUGAAAUAUUUUUAAAUCACAAUGAUACCUCCAGAAAAAAAUGUUCUUAUAUGGGUACCAUACAAUUUUUCAGCACAAAAAAAAAGAAAAAGAUGGAAGUGAUGAGACCUUUUAUAAAAAUACUUUCAUACUAUAUUCAUAUAUUUUCUUUUUCUUUCUUUAAUUUCUUUUCAGCUUUUAACAUUCAUAUGUUAUUAUUAUCUUAAUAUUUUGCUCCAAAGCUAUGUAAGAUCUUUUUAAAUUAUGUCAAAGAAAUGUUUCCUCGAACUCGUUUGACGUUCCGAGUGCCUCAAAUAUACAGGGUAUCCCAGUUUUUUCCCGUCAAACGUUACUAACAUAUUCUACAAGCAAAAGUAAAUUAAAAAUACGAAAUGAUUAAGAACUGAUGUUUCAUCAGGAGUUAAAACUAAAAAUUUACGAUGUAUUUACAAAAAUGAAGGAAAAUGAAUAUGAAAUUAGUAAUGCAAUAGUUUCUAUUUCCCGUAGAUAUUAGUUCAUAUUUUUAUUUACAACUUUUUAAUAAAGCAUUUAUGAGUCUAUAUUUAUAUGAUAUUUUUGUUUUAUUUUUUUUUUGUAAAAUAUGUUGAUAACGUUCGACGAAACAAAACUGAGACAUCCUAUAUAUAUGUAUACACAUUCUUUUUAAAAGAGAAAUAGAAUUAUAUGAAUUAAUAUUAUUAUACAUCGUACGUAUAAAAAAAUCAAUUAGGAUACAGUAGCUGUAUGAGUUAAUGAUAUGUUUAAAUGUACUUAAAAAACGUUUAACAAUAAGUUGAAAAACAUUGGAUAUCUUAAACGUACACGUUAUGGCUAAAAUUGUCAUUUAAUUAUAAUAUUGUAAUUUUUUUUCGUAAUUUAGCGCGAUAUUAUUCUUUAGAGAAAUAUUAAAUGUAGAUAUUUCAUAUGAUGUUUUUUUAUUCUAUUAA